GCAGAGCCUAUGGCUUGUGAGGGACUAGGUGGGUGGGGGAUUGUAUCUGGAACCCCUCAGAAGGGGGCGGCAUGACUUGGGAAGGCACAACCAUUGGUGCCUCUAGGAAGGAAGGAGUUAAGUGACUGUGCUGUCACCUGAGCCCAGCAUCGAAUUACUUGAGUCCAGGUUCCCCAUGGAAGGGGUGGAGCCAGGCCUGCCCUUGGGCUUCCUGGGGCCCUUCCUGCCCAGGUGUGUCCAGCUGAGGAGGAGGUCUGGGUAACACCCUGGCCAGGGAAAAGGAUCUGAAACAGUGGCCUCAUGGACUCUCGGUCCCUAGACCCCCAAGCUAUGGCACUGUUCCCACCUCUGGGCCUCAGCCACCCCCCAGAGCUCCUCACCCACCCGUGUGGAGAACUGGACAGCGCUGGAAGCACGGACUACCCUGCGUCAGGAGCAGAGACCAUCAGGUUGGGGUCAGAGCAGGCCCUGAAACUGGGCCAGGACUCGUUGGAUGCUCCUGAGCUCACCCAGGCUGAGCAGAGGGGUGCUGAGCCCACUGCUAGCCCUAUGAGCUCGUUCACGCCCUCUUCCCGCGAGGAUUCAGCCGGAAACAAACACCAUGAGUACCCCAUAUCUGGCCUGGAGGUAUUGGAAGCUGAGCAGGACAGCCUGUACCUUUGCCUGCUGGGACUGGGCCUCCGGCUGCAGGACCUAGAGCGAGGCCUGAGACCCUGGACACUGGCCCAGAGCAUGACCGUCCGGCUGCAGGCACUACAGGCAGACCUGCAUGGAGCAGCUGAACGUGUGGAUGCACUGCUAGCAUUUGGUGAGGGGCUGGCACAGCGGAGUGAACCCAGAUCCUGGGCAUCCCUUGAGCACAUCCUGAGGGCCCUUGGAGCCCACCGAGAUACUAUCUUCCGACGGCUCUGGCAGCUGCAGGCCCAGCUGGUCAGCUACAGCCUGGUGUUCGAGGAGGCCAACAUGCUAGACCAGGACUUGGAGGCCAAGGGGGACUCAGAUGGGCCGGGAACUACUGGGGUCUGGGGACCCUGGACAUCCAGUAGCCUCCUCACUCCUGCAGAGUUGGAGUGGGACCCGGCAGGGGACGUUGGGGGCCUGGGGCCCUUACGGCAAAAGAAGGCGUGGACUCCAGGGGCACCCUGUGAGCUGUGUGGCCACCGGGGACAAGCCUUUGAGGACAUGUUCAUGUCGGGUCUCGGCCACCGGAAACACUUAGCAGGUCACCGAAGACGUCCCUUGCUUCGGAAGCCUCAGGACAAGAAGAGGCAAGCUGCUCCCAGUCUCCAGGGUGUCAUGCUGGAAGUGGAUUCUGGGGUCCCCACUCCUACAUCCAGGCGGCCUCUGCUCUUCCUCCUCAUUCUUCUCGUUCUCUUCCUUCUCCUGCUGGGGGCCACCUUGUUCCUGCCCAUAUCCGGAGGCCCUUGCUGCUCUCACACCCGACUGGCCAGGACGCCCUACCUGGUGCUUAGCUAUGUCAAUGGUCCCCCUCCAAUCUGAGUACAUGUUCUACACAUGUGUAAUAAAUGGUCACUGCCAGAGGAAUGUGGAGAUGUGGGGACUUGAGUACCCAAAAUUUAGCAGUACCCCCCAAACCAGUACUGAAUCGACCCAUCUUGAGUUAGGUUCCCCUAAAUUCUGACACAAGUUUUAGGGGGUGAUCCUGGGAACAAUAGCAGGGGAUGAGAGAAGUAAGCUACGGAAGGAAGAACGCCAGUACUGGGUAUCUGGGAUGCCAUCCCACUGGGGCCCACUGGGAAGCUGUGUGGAACACCCCAAAGU